AUGGCCAACGAUUCAAAUCAAACUAGAGCUCCAAAUGAUAUUAUGAAAAUGAAUGAUCUAUUUCGUACAUUUAAUAUGUAUGAAAAUAUUGAACCAAUAUCAGAUGAAGUAAAAGUUUUUCAAUGUGAAGAAGCUGAUGAAACAUCAUCGAUUAAUAGUGCUCUUAGUGCUAUUUCUUUACGAUCAAUAUCAAGUAAUCGUAAUAAUGAAAAUCUAUCAAUAAAUGAUGAUGUACAACAAAGAUUAAAACGUAUCCAUAAAUUAGCUGCUGCAAGAAAAGAAUAUAAUAAAGAUAAUGAACAAGACCCUAUUCCAAAUCGAACUGAACAGAAUGAUGGCGAUGAAGAUGAAGAAGAUUAUGAUGAAGAAAAAGGUGCUCAAUUAUUACAAAAAAUGAUAGCUUCAGUAUUGAAACCUAAGAGUAGACAGAAAGAAGCAUUUAUACAAAAUAUAAAUUUUAAACCAGAUAUUGUAACAAGUACAACAGAUAAAAAAUAUCGUUGGCAACAAUUUGAUAAAUCAGAUAAAAAUGGUCGAACCUAA